AUGGACUACGAAACUGAUAGUAGUAACGCUGAUAGUUGUAUUAUCGUCGAAGAUACCGACGACAGGGAGGGGGAGUUGUCAGAGCAACUUUUUCAUAUUUUAACUUCUUUGAGAAAACCCGAAGGACAAAGUCGAAAGAGUCGUGUAAGCGAGGAUUGUCUUGACAGUCUUCGAUAUAUCAAAGAACAACUUCGUUACGAAGAUGAUUUAAGUUCAGAUAUAUAUUGUCACCUUUGGAAAUGGAACAUUUUAGAGAAAGAUUUGAUACCAAUACUUUUAGAAAAUAAAAAUAUCAAUAAUGAGAAUCAAAAAAAUUUGGCAAUUGCAUGUGUUGAAUUAUUUGUUAUGAUGACUUCACCAAUUGAUCCAAAUAUUUUGGAUACAAGUAACGAAUUCGAAGAAGAUUGUGAUCUUUCACAAUUAAGUCGAAAGAUGAAUGAACGAUUAAAAUCUCAAACUGAUUAUAAAGUCAUAUUUGUAAAAAAUCCUAAAACACUUCGAGUUAUCCGUGAUUUAUUAAAUGUAUAUUUAUCUGACGAAAAAUGGAAAAUCGGUAGACGUUCUAAAGAAGAUGAUAAUAUCAUAAAUUCGUUACUAAAUUUUUAUAAAAAUUUGGUGUCAAUUAAAGAUCCACCAACUUUACAUUUAGCGGGUAUUGAGCUACAGCAUAAAUUAGUUAUGCUAUUUCAAGAAGAAAAAAUAUUUGAAACCAUUUUCAAUCUUAUUUCCAAAGAAAGAGAAUUAUCACAAUGGAAUUUGAUAAUACAAGAAAUUUUUUAUCAAAUUUUUUAUAAUAUGGACCCAAGUGAUCUCAUAAAAGAUCCUAAAGUGGAAGCAGAGAAUAGAGCAAAAAAAUUAUUAAAUGAAGAAUUAAAUAGAAAGGCGGCAAAACUUACACGAAACACUCAUUACAAUGGAACUUAUUGGGUAAAUGUACCGGGAAAAGAAUACAUCGUUCACAAGCAAGAUGCCAUAAGAGGAUUAGGAGUAAAAGCUGUUGAUGCUAUCAAAAAGGAGAAACCAAUACGGACACCACCCACGGAUGAAUAUGAUAUGAGAAGAAAAGUUAUCAGGUUAAGAAGUCCAGUACAUAAACAAUUAAAAUCUUUAGCGAUUAAAUUUCUCGUAUGUGGAUUCAAUGAAUUAGUAUCUUCGAUUAUGUACGCAGCCAAUUCCGGAAAAUUGCUAAGAACAAGAAGAACUAUAGAACCGAUAAUAAUAGCGGAAGAAGAAAAUAAUGAUAAUGAAACAUCAAAAUCACAAUAUGAUUUUAAUAAUGUGAACGAGAUAAUAUCGGAUUAUAAAGGAUUUCUUUUAGUAUUUAGUAGAAUUAGUGCAUGUCGAGAAGAUAAGUUAUGGUCUGAUAUACAUUUUGGAAUUGAAUGCUUAAAACAAAUGGUUGGGACAAUGAAAAGAUAUUUACAAAGUUUGAUAUCCACAACGGAUAUUCUUUUGGAAAGACUUGAAAAAUGUUCGGAAACUAAAUAUGAAAUCAUUAUAAAAAAUUGUCCUCGAAAUGAUGAUAAUGUUAUAGAAUUCGUCAAAAUUAAUCGAGAAUAUUAUGAAUCUCAUAAACAUGCUUUCGAAUCACUUGAGAUGAAAUUUGUUAAUGAUUCCGUUGUCUCAACUUAUUGUAAUUAUUUGGAAAAUUAUAAUGAUCUUGAUGAUCAAAGUCUCAAUCAGAUUGUAACAAUGUUUCAUCGUAUAGGCGUUCGUUGUAAAUCCGAUACAAUUUUCUUUAAGUUAUCAGUUUUGGAACUUUUAAAUAAUAUCUUAUUAGAUCUUAAAGAUAAAGAUGGUUACCUAUCAAAUUCUCAAAAAGAUCUUAAAGAAUUUUCAUUAUUUAUAACCGAGAAAUUACUUACCCAUAUAAAAAAUACCAAAUUUGCGUUCAUCGAGAGUACAAACAUUGUUAAAAAUUAUGAUCAUGAUAAUGAUGUUCAAGAAAGUCCUACUACAAAAAAGAUCAAAAAGAAAAGCGAAGAAAUAGAAGAUGCAUUAGAGAAAAAUGUUUAUUUCCGAUUACUUCUUGAUGUUAUGUAUUUUCAUAAAGAUGAUAAUGAUGAAAAUGGAACCAAAUGGUAUAUUCCAGAUUCAUUUAAAAAUGAAGAUUUAUUAAAUUUAAGUAAUAGAAUUGAUGUGUACAUAGAAGAACCUUUUGUGCCAGCAGAGGAAGGACUAUAA